AUGAAGGUAAAUUCAACUUUAUCUUACUUCAUUCUUGGAGCUUAUGAGCACGUUGGAAAUUUGAAGUACUUGUAUUUUAUGUUAACUGCAAUGUUAUACAUUGUUAUAGUUAUUGUCAACAUAUCUCUUAUAGUGGUGAUCUGUAUGAACAGAAGCUUACAUGAACCUAUGUACCUUUUUCUCUGCAGCCUGUUUGUAAAUGAACUGUAUGGUAGUUCAGGGUUGUUUCCAUUCCUUCUGGUUCAGAUCCUCUCUGACAUUCACAAUGUUUCUGCUCCACUUUGUUUCCUGCAGAUCUUCUGUUUGUACACUUAUGGAGGUGUAGAAUUGUUAAAUUUAGCCGUGAUGUCUUAUGACAGAUUUCUUGCUAUCUGUUAUCCUCUACAAUAUAACACACUUAUGACUUUUAACAAAGCGGUUGUCUUUAUUGCAGUAAUAUGGUUUUAUUCUUUUGUAAAAUUCUUAAUUACUUUAUCCUUAAACAUCCGUUUGACAUUUUGUGGAAACAUCAUAAACAGUCUAAUUUGCAGUAACUACCUUGUUGUUAAGUUGGCCUGUUCUGACACUCAAGUGAAUAACAUUUAUGGACUUUUUGGUAUUAUUCUCACCAUUUUAGUUCCUCUGCUUCCAAUCCUUUUCUCGUACAUGAGGAUCCUUAAGAUUUGUUUCUGUGGUUCUAAACAGACCAGACAGAGAGCAGUCAGUACCUGCACACCUCACCUCGCUUCCCUGCUCAACUUCUCCUUUGGCUGCUUCUUUGAAAUCAUUCAGAGUAGAUUUGAUAUGACCAAUGUACCCAGACUGCUGCGAAUCAUCCUCUCACUGUAUUUUCUCAUCAUUCAGCCACUUUUGAAUCCCAUCAUGUUUGGAUUGCAAAUGUCUAAAAUAAGGAAUACAUGUAAACGUAUCCUUUGUUAUAAAAUGUUCACCUGUCGCAAAGAUACGAUGUAG